AUGCAUCUCGGCGCUACUUUGGUUGGCGUCUUUGCUAUGGCUGCGAUGGCGAGUCCGUUUGUCCCGCCCAAGGUCCUCAAAUAUACCAGUUGGGAUCUCGCGUUCCUCAGCGCUGCACUUCCCGUCUGCAACCCCAACGUCACCGAUUACAGCAUAAUUAUCACCCACCGCAGGGUCAAAGGCAACCUUGACUGCCAACCCCUUCCGAGUGACUUGAAUUCGACAAAUGUCAAGAGUAUCUCGUGGAAAAGUCCGAAUGAGAAUGAUGCCCACGAUCUCUGCAUGUUCAGCACCGAUGAUUGCUCCGGAGGGGAGGCGGCCUUGUUGGAUUCCAUCACCGAUGGCUGGGCGAUCUGUUAUCCGUACAACGGCUUCCGGUCAUGGUCGGUAGUCUCACAUGGGGCGUCUUGCGUUUGA